AACUGCCGGCGGUGGGCGGGAGCUCGUUGAGAAAACUAUAAGGUCAUUUGAAUUACGCUAGCUAAAAGGUUUCAUCUGUCACAAUGGAGCUGGAAAUCAUAUCGCGGAUCGGCAUAAUGAACGGAUGAUGCUCGCCCGGUCAAAGUCGACACAUUCAGCCAGGCCAAUCGGAGCGGAAGCGUUGUUGUCUUAACAACGACAAAAGGGAAGGCGAUCCCCGGGUGAGCGUAUCUGUCUCCGCGCGCCGCUAUCAAGCUGAGCCCAGCGGCCGUGCGUGAGGGGAGAGGAGGCGAGCAGCAGGCUGGCCUGUAAGCAGAUCAAGGGGCUCGGCGUCUGGGUGGUCUUCUUUGGCACAUUACACGCUAUUUCGGAAUCAGGAUGCUGCGUUUCGCGUGUUGCACGGCCCUGCUGUUCGUCUUGAGGCUGCUGACGAGCCUGCCCUGGAUCCAGGUCCUGCCCGCCAUCCUGAUAUUCUACCUGGGAAGCGGAGGAUGGCGCUUUCUGCGGAUUUUUGUCAAAACAAUAGGCAGAGACUUGCACGCGGCAGCAGUGCUAUUGCAGGUCAAGAUGAACGUCAAACGCCACCUCCGGGAGAAGAACACUAUUCCCACCAUCUUCGCUGAGACUGUGCGGCGUCACGCCAACAAAACGGCGCUGAUCUUCGAAGGCACCGGUGAAACGUGGACCUUCCGACAGUUAGACGAGUACUCCAACCAAGUGGGCAACCUGCUGCUUCAGCGUGGCUUUAAAGAGGGCGAUGUGGUGGCCAUUUUCAUGGAGAACAGGUCCCAGUACGUGGGUCUCUGGCUUGGCAUGGCCAAGAUUGGAGUGGAGGCCGCUCUCAUCAACUUCAAUUUGAGACUAGAGGCCUUGGUGCACUGCGUAACCAUUUCCAACGCCAAAGCGGUGGUGUUUGGAUCCGAAUUGAUUGAUGCUGUGUCCGAGGUCCACAUUUCAAUGGGGAAGACGGUGCAGAUGUUUUGUUCUGGAGACUGGGACCCCAAACGGGUACCGCAGGGUACCGAGUGCCUCGAGCCGCUGCUUGCCGCUGCUCCUUCGCACCUGCCCAGUCGACCACAACGCUGCUUCACGGAUCGCCUCUUCUACAUUUACACGUCAGGAACCACCGGGAUGCCGAAAGCUGCCAUUGUUGUGCACAGCAGGUAUUACCGCAUGGCCGCUUUAGUCUAUCACGGUUUCAGGAUGACACCAGAUGACAUCUUGUAUGACUGCCUUCCACUCUACCACUCUGCAGGUAACAUUGUGGGAGUGGGCCAGUGUAUAAUCCAUGGCAUGAGUGUCGUCCUCAAAAAGAAGUUCUCCGCCUCCCGUUUCUGGGACGACUGCGCCAAGUACAACUGCACUAUUGUGCAGUACAUAGGUGAGAUUUGCCGCUACCUGCUCAACCAGCCAGUUCGGGACAUGGAGAAACAGCAUUGUGUGCGGAUGGCGCUAGGUAACGGCCUACGUCAGUCCAUAUGGGAGGAAUUCAUGACGCGCUACAACAUUCCACAGAUAGCAGAAUUCUACGGAGCAACUGAGUGCAACUGCAGCUUAGGAAACUUUGACAACAAGGUGGGAGCGUGCGGCUUCAACAGUCAGAUUCUACCUUUCAUCUACCCCAUCCGACUAGUGAGGGUAGAUGAAGAGACCAUGGAGCUCAUCCGAGGGCCCGACGGCGUCUGCAUUCCCUGUAAACCCGGCGAGCCUGGUCAGCUGGUAGGCACGAUCAUGCAGAAUGACCCUCUACGCAGAUUUGAUGGCUAUGUCAACCAAUCGGCAACCAGCAAGAAGAUCGAUCAUAGCGUGUUUAAAAAGGGAGACAGUGCUUAUCUUUCUGGUGAUGUGUUAAUCAUGGAUGAGUGCGGCCACAUGUACUUCAAGGAUAGGACAGGCGACACCUUCCGCUGGAAAGGAGAGAACGUCUCGACCACUGAGGUGGAAGGGACCCUCAGCAGGCUGCUCGACAUGAAAGACGUCGUGGUCUACGGGGUGGAAGUACCCGGCGCAGAAGGGAAGGCAGGGAUGGCCGCCAUCGCUGAUCCUAAUCAUUCCUCUGACCUGGACAAGUUUGUGAAGGAUCUGGACCAGGCUCUUCCUCCAUACGCCAGGCCGAUCUUCCUCCGCUUUCUACCAGAAGUCAGCAAGACUGGAACGUUUAAAUUCCAGAAGACGGAGCUUCGUCGAGAUGGCUUUGACCCCCGAGUGGUGUCGGACAGACUGUUCUUCCUUGAUUCCAGUAGAGGGCGCUACGUGCAUCUGGACCAGGAGCUGUACCGCUCCAUACUUUCAGGGAAACAUAAAUUGUGAUAACGGAGCUUCCCUCGAUAUCUCCACCUAUAUGAAUACACACGCUCACACACAAAUGGAUACAAAAAUGAAGAGGUAUUAUGUGAUCAAGAUGGAAAGUUGCAGCAAAUGAAAUUGCCACACACAUUCCCACAUCCCCAAAGCGACUUUUUGGAUUGCUACAUAACACGCUGCAGCGCUCCCUUCAUCCCUGCUGAAGUCUCCCUGGCAACCCCUCAGGCUACCUCAGUUAACACACACACACACACACAGCGGCAUAAACCCAGUAACCAGAUAGCUCUGGUAACUUGAAACCAAUCAUCACAACCACAUUGAGUCUGUAUUGGACCAUGAAAGCGUUGGAAGCUGGAAGCUCCCCAGGACCACCCAAAAAGUACCGGGAACCACACAGACUUGAAGGAUGCUAAGAAGGACUGUGGCCCAGAGAAGCUGCUUCUUUCUUUUGUCUUUGACUUUGUCUGGCAAAGAGGUUUCAACUGCACUAUAAGCCAACAGUGGAAAAGCUAUUGUAGCACACAGUCUCUGCAGCCUCGUCGUGCACAUUCCAACUUUGGCCAACACGAGGCAACAUGUGGCAAAGACAUCAAGUGUUGAAGGGCCACUCGACUCGAGUGCAAUACUGCAAAAAAAAAAGAAAAAACACCCCACAGGAGCUGAUGUGAAUCAAAACUUUCAAUUCAAAUAUGUUGCACCAAAUAUAUUUAGUUUGUUUACAUAUUUAAGGAAACAUGGAAGUUAUUUAUGUUUGUCAUAGCCAUGAAAACAUCUUUUGUUUUGUUUGUCUGUUUGACAUCUCUCAAGCUUUAUUUGUAGGGAGAGUCGUGCUGCAGAAAGUACAUUCAAGUGGUUCGUUUCGUAACUACAAAGGAAUAAUGGGAACACUGAAAAGAAAAAAAUGUCACAAUGAACUCAGAAUUACAAGAGUAAAGUUUUUUUGUUUUUGUUACAAAUUAAAUUACAAGAAAAAAGAUACAUUUUGGAGGGAAUAAAGUUGCAACAUUACAAAUACAAAUUUACACGUGUCAAAAUUACAGCUAUUCUCCUGUUAUGACGUUUUUUCGUGUAAUAUUUUUCAUUAAAUAAUUUUGCCCAUUCUCGUAACAAUGCAACUUUAUUCUCUUAACAUUGUCUUAACAAUUUCUUCUCAUACUAUGUCUAUCCUUGUAACAUAACAUUACUUUCUCAACAAUCAAACUUGUUGUGACGUUACAUUUUUCUCUUAACAUACAUUUUUUUUAUUCGCGUAACAUUGCAAAUCUCACUGCAACAUUGCAAUCUCUUAACAUGACCAAUAUUAGAACUAUUAUCGUUAUUCUCUUUGGACAGUAAAUUUGUUUUACUAAGGUAAGCUUGUAACAUCGGGGCUUUCUUCUCAUAAAAGUACCCAUUUUUUUCUGAUAAUAUGAUUAUCCUGGUAACAUAAUUAUUCUCUUAGUUAUACAGAAUUUUUCUUGUAAAAUUACAACGUCAUUCUUGUAACGAGAGAAUGAGGAACAGGAAAAUGGGGAAACCUACUUUUCUCGUAUUGUUGUGACAAUUCUCUUUACAUUAUAACGGUAUUUGUUGUACAAUUACCACAUCAUUGUUGUAAUAUUACCACAUUUUUCUUGUGAUAAUGACUAUUCUAGUAACAUAGCUGCUUUAAUUUCUUAAUAAAUACUACUUUACUGUUGGAACAUUACGACUUAUUUCUCGUAAUGUUAUGACUUCAUUGCUGUAGCAUUAUGACUAACAGUAUGACUCAAUUCUAGUAACAUAAAAUUACAGUUAGUUUCUUGUAAACUUUAUUUUUUUGGGCAUUUAUCAAAACAUUACAGCUUUAUUCCCCGAGCAGUACUUGUUUUUCCUCAGAAUGUUUGUUCUUUUCAGUGUGUCCGUAAUAUUCCUUUGUACAUAACUGACUUGAGUAACGCAGUGCUGUGCUGCUUUGUUAGGGUAGACUGACCUUUCUGUGUGUGUCUGGUUGAAGACAAUAUACACUAAGUGAAGAAAAUAUAUAAUAUAAUUAUAAUGAGUACUUCAAUUUAGCCAACAUAGAUCCAAAGAGGGUCGGUUGGAGUAGGGAAAAACUGGGAAAUUCCAAAUAUCUUUUUUUUUUUUUUUUUUUUUUUUUAAAUAAUUGUUUUAUUUGUGGUGGCACGGUGGCCGACUGGUUAGAGCGUCAGCCUCACAGUUCUGAGGACCCGGGUUCAAUCCCCGGCCCCGCCUGUGUGGAGUUUGCAUGUUCUCCCCGUGCCUGCGUGGGUUUUCUCCGGGCACUCCGGUUUCCUCCCACAUCCCCAAAACGUGCAUAAAUUGGAGACUCUAAAUUGCCCGUAGGUGUGACUGUGAGUGCGAAUGGUUGUUUGUUUGUAUGUGCCCUGCGAUUGGCUGGCAACCAGUUCAGGGUGUAGCCCGCCUCCUGCCCGAUGACAGCUGGGAUAGGCUCCAGCAUGCCCGCGACCCUAGUGAGGAGAAGCGGCUCAGAAAAUGGAUGGAUGUUUUAUUUGUGUUUGCAGUGUCUGUCAUCAGAGGUUGUAGAGGCAUGAAUGAGUGUCAUCAACCACUAGCAGAGCACUGAGCCUUAAUGUGGUUCACACGUCCUGGAAAACACACAUACCGGUACACACACACACAGAGUGGUUCUCAAGGUCGCUUUCUUAAUUCAGCGCCUAUCUUCAAACUUUUUGUCCCUUUGUCAUCAAAUUCAAAACUUAUAAGCUCGGGAUUUCACUCGUGAGAAUUUUGCGCCGGCCGUUGAUGUCAAGCGAGCAAAGUUGCGGGCAAAAGUUGAGCGAAUGCUUCCAAAAUUUGCUCCCUCAUGUUUCGACUCCGUCCCCUACGUCUUUCGUCCAAACUACAAAGCUUGUUUUUCAAAAAGUUGUCCCUUGAGUUGUCUUUGGGUGCUUUCACACUCGCACCUCAUGCACUCUAGUUUGUUUCCCCUCUUGGUGUCCUUUGUUUGGUGCAGUGUGAACUCGGUAAUGGAACUAGGGUGCAGAGUCAACAAAACUCAGGAUCCAAACUCAACCCCAAAUAAACGACUCCUCCAUAUUGUGCUUUUAGCGCAGUUUCACUCACUAAGCCAUCCAGCCAACCUUCUUUCUGUUUCUGUUUCUUGCGACCAAUAAGAUGAGGUUUGUGGCUUGUUGUGAUGCAUUUUAGUUGGCUUUAUUACCGUGUGACAGGAAGCCAAACUGGGGGAAACACUAAGCACUCUUGAAGACAUUUUGUGGUCUGCUUUUACAUCCCACAUGUAAAACAUAGCUGUUCUUCCCACCCUCAUUGUGACCCCUUUACAUGUGACCAUAUCCCGAUGAGCCAACACUACAGCCAGGGGCAAAUUUGUCGCCGCUAACCCCCUUGUUGUCAGUUUAUGUUCUUUAAUGAUGAGUGUCUCACGAAUGUUCUUUCACAAAAAUUGAAAAAGGACUGCGAUGUAUGUCAAAGUUUAUGUCAGGGGAAUACUUGAGGGCUGUUAAUGAUGCUUCCGAGACCACCAAGGCGGCGCGUGACUAAACAGCCUUGCAGGAAAAGCACUCUGAAAUGGAUGUUUCCAUUUUUUUUAAUUUUUUUUUAAUGAUCUUAAAUUAUUAUUUCUGAGCAACUGAUAAUUAUAUUUUUGAUUGUUCCAUUUUUUUUUUUAUUUUACAUGAUAUGUGUGUGAAACUUUUGAGCUGUGUGAUUAUUUGUGGGUGUGAAAGGGGACAGGGUUAAUGCCUGAGUGUAAGAAAAUCUGCUGCAGACGUCAGUCACAUUUGGAUACAACAUUAUUUUUUUUUAAAUCUCUGAAAUUAUUUCAUGUUAAGAUACAGUUUUGAAGAGUGUAUGGAGAUUUGGAGUUGUUGGACCAGAAAAGGUGCACAUUUUCACAUAAAUAGUCUUUAAAUGAGCUAUUUUUCAUGAUGAGCAUUGAAUUUGGUGUUUUCUUUUAUUAUGUCACCUGAAUCUUGUCGAGAUGUUAACCCCUCCUCGUCCAGACUGCAAAUUAAAAGCCCAUGCUCUAAGCCACCACUGCCUAAUUCAACCAUACACAUGUACACACACUGUUUAAUUUUACAUUUGAUGGGUAUUUGUAUACAAGGAAUACAAAGGUGGGUUUUUCUUCAUCUGUUCCCUUUAAAUGUUUUAUUGUGAUGUCAUGAGGGAUGAAUUGAAGUAUAAAAUGUCCUAAAAAUGCAACAUUACAUCUAAUGAUUGUGAAUUGUUGGAAAUGUCACUCUAUUUCUAUUGGCCUAUUAAAAGAUUGUAAUUAUCUAUAGUAUAUUCACCCGUUGUGUUUUUAACUGUUCUUACCAAAAUGUAACACAUAUAAGCUAGUGUUAAGAUUUUUUUUAAUACAAUCUGCAAGACUUUCAAUGAAGUUCAAUACAUGAGUUCAUACGAACUAUAACAUAUAAUUACGUUUAAGCAGCACUGUUGUGUCUCUGUACUCCCUCUUGGCUCUAUUCAACACGUCCAACCUGAUUGGAGUUUUUCUUUCUCUUUUGUGCCCCAGUAACAUCAAGUGAUGCGUGUUUGUACGUGAGUUUUUUUAAAGCUUAUAUUUGUUUCGUUUUGAAAUAUGUCCCUGCACAUGCAGCAGCUCGCAGCUCAUGCAGUGUAUGGAAUAUAAAACGGGGGAGGUGUGUGAGGUGUGCUGUGUGUGUGAAACACACACACCGAUAUCCUCUUAUCGUUGAAUAUUGAAUAAAAGUACUGUAUGUGAGUUUCAAGCAAAAUGAGAAAAGGUAUGCUGAAAAAUGAUAAAUCAUGAAUAAAAACUAUUUAAAUUGUU